AUGAAAAAGCCUCCUGUGAGGCAACCAGCUGAAGCUCUUGGCUGGUGGCAGGCGCUCUAUGGAGCCAUUGUCGGCCCAGGUGGCCCGAUGCUCAAGCUGGCUGCCAAUUGGCACGACGUCAAAGGCGCCCCCCACACAUUGGUCUGCCCAGUGCUCAACCCUGCCGAAGCUUACGAGCCUGGCGGAUGCCCGGGGGUCAGAAUGGAGACGUCAAGCAGAGCCCAAACCCAACCUGGAACAUUCCAGGUGCCUGGCUUACCAGAUGAGCCGGGGUAUGGCUUCGCUAGCGCCAUCUCUGCCAUCGUCAGCCCCAGGGCCCCAGCACCGACCAUCAGCUCCCGUCAGCCCUGGUGGGUCAGAAUAUUACCUCAACCGGACGCCCUGUAG